GCUGAGGCGGGGGCCGCUGUGGCUGCUGACUCAGUUUAUGCCUUGCUGCCUGAGGCUGCCACUAUCGUCCCUACUCCUGCUCGCGAUUCAAAAUGUUAUUUUGAUGAAUUUGUCUAUUUAUGUAUAUAUCACAGUGGGAUUGGCAUUUGCACCAGCAGCUCCCAUAGAAGAUAAUUUUCGCCCCUUGGACCAGUUUCUGUAUGAAUAUUUGACCAGCCCAUUAUCAAAUCGAGGCUGCUGCAGGUGGGUCGGAGUUGUGUCAAUCUCUUCUGCUUGACGAUGGCAUUAUCGCGUUUCGCACUGGCGACAAGUCAUAGGACAGAAGGGCGGAACGAGAAACCCAGUAAUAGUGCAGUAGUUUGGCACAAUCUAGUUCAGACAUUGAUGAUGAAAUGGUUGAUUGUGAAUUUGAAAGAGAAACAGUUGAGAUGAAAGCAGAAAAGGCGAGAUUUAAGAAGAGAAGAAGAGGGUUUCUCUUUAUGUUCUAU